UUCGUUUUUCGCGGUCAACGACAGACUAAGCAGAGAAAAAAAAAAAUCCAUUGAACAAGGAGAAAAAUAAAAAAAAUGGGAGCAUUUUGCAAGGUAAUAGAUGCUGUUCUCUUCUUGUACUUCGCUCUCAUGGCAGUCGCUGCGCCGCUCUUGGACGGCCAAAUAAGUCUUCCCGGCGAUAUCUUCCCGGCGUUUCUCGUCGAUCUGAAUCGCUGGUACAUCGCCGAAUUUGGUGAUUAUCUGUCCUUGGAGAAGCCGCAUUUCUUCGUCGGACUCGUCUGGCACGAGCUUCUGAUUCUUUGGCCGCUCUCCAUUGUCAACGUCUAUGCAAUUCUCGCCGGGAAAUCGUGGUUCGGUACCACAUCCUUGGUGUACGGAGCUUCCGUCGUGACUUCAAUGGCUGCUAUACUGGGAGAGAUGAUAGGUUCAGGGAAGGCAUCUGAGAAAUUGUUGAUGGUAUAUGUGCCAUUCAUGGGUGUUGGUAUUCUUGCUCUUCUUCGUGGUCUUCUUUCUCAAUCCAACAAAAGUGGUGGAGCUGUUGGCAAGAGACCCGUUGUUCUGGCCAGGAGAAAGCGUGCUUGAGGUUAAUGUCUCUUUUGUCUCUGAGGAUUUGGAUUUUCAACUUUAUUAUUGAGACCAUUUUGAACCUUUCUACCGGAUUCGUGUUCUUGUUUGAAAUGAAAUGAAGAUAUUUACAACUUACAAGUCA